CAGUGUUACAUUGUUGGCGAAGUGUGUUUUUGUUUUAUUGUUAAUAAUUUUGAACGGAAAUUUAAAAAAAAAAUGCCUAUCAGUGAGGAUGAAUACGAUCAUCAAACACGUCAUCAUCAAACUAAUCCACAAAAUCCAUCGGGAAUGUCUAAAGCUGAAUUACGACGUAGUAAUAAACCAAUUAUGGAAAAACGUAGGCGUGCCCGAAUCAAUCAUUGUUUGAACGAAUUAAAAACAUUAAUAUUGGAUGCAAUGAAAAAAGACCCAGCCCGUCAUUCGAAACUCGAGAAAGCUGAUAUUUUAGAAAUGACCGUCAAACAUUUACAAUCAAUUCAACGACAACAAAUGGCUGCAUCCGUUGCUACCGAUCCAACGGUUGUUCAUAAAUUUAAAUCUGGAUUUCAUGAAUGCGCUGGUGAAGUGACACGAUUCAUCGGAACCAUGGAUGGAAUUGAAAAUGGCGUUAAACAACGUUUAGUUGCGCAUUUAUCAAAUUGCGUGAAUGGAUUAUCACAGAUAUCGUCACCAUUUGGACAAUUCUCAGCAUCGAAUAACAGUGGUCUUGGAACAUUUCAUUCCACCAACAAUUCAAUACCUCAAGUUUCAGUUCUACCUCAAGUCUCAUUCUCAUCCGCAGGAGAUGUGAAUAACAAUAGUGGUGAAAAUGCGGCUAGAAUUCAAAUGCCAGGUGGAAUACAAUUGAUUCCGAGUCGAUUACCUACUGGAGAAUUGGCUUUAUUGGUCCCUAACAGCAGUAAUAUGCCGUUUUUCCCAACCCAAUCAAGUUUUGUUACACAAUCCAAACCAAUUGUUGAUUCUUCAACUCAAUACGAGCAACACAUUACCAAAAAUCAUGUUAGCGCUUUUACAACAGUUACAAGAACAAAAAGUCCUCAGCACACGUUACAUCGAAGUCCAAUUCCAAGUCCUGCAUCGACCACGCAUAGCGAAGAUGUGAGUGAAACGUACAAACAUGACACACCCUCACCUCCAAUUCAAGGCGGAGCAACCUCUACUCCUUUUACUCACAUCACAUUUAAAAGGACUGAGGAUUACGGUCAAGUAACUUCAUCAACUUCGGUUUCGCCAGAGUUGAGAAACGAUGAAAUGAAAAUUUCUUACCAUCCAAUACCAAUUUACCAGCAUGCAGAAAAAGUUCCACGAUCGUAUGCUUCUGGAAGUGGUCCAUGGAGUUUGGAGUCAUCCAGGAAACGUACUUUUAAUGAAACUGAAAGUGACGGACUGUUAACAAUUGCCAAUGAACCGUUAACUAAAUUGAAAAAAUCCUCUUCAUCUGAAAUUGUUUCUAGUAGCCAAUCGUAUUCUAGUUCUGUAAAUCGAUCCACAACUGAUUCGGAAAAUUCAUCGUUUGAAACGAGCACAUCAGCGAACACGUCUGGCAACUCUGGUAGCACCAGUGGGAGUAACGACUCUAUGUGGCGUCCUUGGUGACGUUUUGUGAUUGUUUAGUAUAUUUGGAUAGUAGGAGAACUGUUCGUAGUA